AUGCCUCCAGAGUCGGGCACUAGUGUGGGAAAGCCAGAACUUGCCUCGGGUUCCCCACAGUUUUUCACCUGGGAGGAGAUAGGACUCCGCACAGGCAAGGGAGAAUUCAAGGAGGAGAGAUGGCUGGUAAUCCGAAGGAAGAUCUAUGAUAUCAGCCAAUUCCAUUUGCGACACCCUGGAGGAACCCGUGUCAUCAGCCAUUAUGCAGGACAAGAUGCCACGGAUGCUUUCACCGCUUUCCACAAGGAUGAGGACUUAGUCAAGAAAUACCUGAGCUCCCUACUCAUUGGGGAGCUGGCACCUGAUCAACCCAGCUGCGAACCAACCAAAAAUGCAAUGCUGGUCAAUGAUUUUCAUGAGCUGCGCACCACAGUGAAGAGGAUGGGACUCCUACAACCUCGUUUUCUCUUCUUCGGCUUCAUGUUUCUGCAUGCUUUCCUGCUAGAUACUGCAUCCUGGCUGACUAUCUGGUAUUUUGGACUAUCUUGGGUGCCCUUCCUUGUUGGUGUGGCACUCUUCACCAUUGCACAGAUCCAGUAUGCAUUUUUACAACAUGAUCUUGGGCAUCUUUCAGUCUUUCAGAAGGCCAAGUGGAACAGACCAUUUCACUUCAUUGUGAUGGGAAUAUGUAAGGGUGGACCACCAAGCCAAUGGAACUAUAUGCAUAACCAGCAUCAUGCCAAACCCAACUGCUUCCGCAAGGACCCUGAUCUCAAUAUGCACCCAUUUUUGUUCAGCCUGGGAAAGGCACUCUCUGUGGAGCUUGGCAAGAAGAAAAAGAAAUACAUGCCUUACCAGCACCAGCACAUAUACUUCGCCCUUUUGGCCCCGUUGACCUUCGUUUUAUACGUCCAGUUUGCUGUAUUGCGUUUCGCAUUUCAAAGGAAAAAUUGGCUGGAGUUUGCUUUCAUGAUGUUUUACUAUGUCCGCGUCUGUCUCAUGUAUGUUCCUUUAAUGGGAUUUAAGAGCUUCAUGGCAUACUACUGGUUGGCCAGGUUCCUAGAAAGCUCUUGGUUUCUCUGGAUCUCGCAGAUGAACCACAUUCCAAUGAACAUUAACUAUGACCAGAAUUUAGACUGGGUGUCUGCCCAGGAAUCUGUCCCUUAUUGUCUGAAAGUGUCUAAUUACAUAGACUGUACAGGAUCCCUUGUGCAAGCUCAUUUUUCACAAGCAACACUCAGACUAAUUGGAGGUGUGGUGGUGGAUGUGCUGGAUGAGAGCCAAUAA